UGUGCAAAGGAAAUUAAAGGUACGAAUGGGGCGCGAGAAAUACGUAUAUAGUUAGUUCAUAUAGGCAUUGCACCGGGGGGUUGCAACCCUCUGAAAUUCAGUCGACGCGCGGGAGCGGUCGGAGGCAGACGUGUCUUUCGAUUCGGGAAUCGGUGCUCUUUUUUUAAAUUUAAAUUCAGUGUUUUGUGUUGAAUUUUUCUUGCGGCUAUAAAAAGAUUAACAAUGUACGGACGGGGCGCAUUGUUUUUAAUUCAGCUUGUGUUGCUGACGCAUGCCUAUGCUCAGACUGAAACCGAGCCGCCGAAAACUUUAACAACCAAGGCUCCGACCACAUCCACUAGCACGACACCAGCGCCAACAACGGUUGUGUGGGAAACGGAGACACUGAACGAGGGCCAAGCGAUACAGAAGGCGUUGCAAUACCUGCUCCAGCACAGGCAGCCUGACUGGGGCUGGGGUAAUGACACCCACCAUGUCAUGCUCACUUUACAGCUGGCAAAUAACACAGGUAAAGAGAUAGAACAGCAAGGCUUGGAAAUGCAGCUGUCAGCUAAACAGAUGGAGAUAGAGAUACUGUUGAUGAUGUCGAAACAUCACGAGUCGCCUCCUCCUCUGGGUCGUCUAGCCGCCUAUACUCUAGCUCUAGGCGCGCUUUGCAAGGACCCGCGUUCGUUCCACGGCCGCGAUUUGGUGACUGCGCUGCUCCAUAGGGAACCUCCACAUGAUCUGGAGUUCGCGUACGCUACGCUCGCUGCGUGCUCGUCCGCCGCGCAUGUUCGCCGACGUCAUAUUCGAAGACUAUUGGACAUCGCUAAUGCUGCUGCUGACCAUAGUCUUGACACAAUAUCGAUGGUGAUUCUGGCUCUGCGCUGCGUGGUGCAAGACCACCGUCACCGUAGCUUGAUCCACUUCGUGCGGCGCCCCAUGGCCGGACUGGCGCGGCAGCAACACCCUGACGGGAGCUUCGGCUCACUUACCACUACAGCUCUCGCUAUACAGGCUUUAGAAGAUUCAGAUAGUGGUCCGGGCGCUCACCAGCACUGGAGUCUCCCGGCGGCGAGGAAAUGGUUGCUGGAGCGGCAGGGGCCUGACGGCGGCUGGGGAGACGUCGCAAAGACUGCGGCUGCGGUGGCUGCGCUCACACCCGCCUCCCUCGCAGCCGUCAGACCACCGCACUGCAGUGAUAAACUGCUGGAUAGUCGGCAUGAACCUCUCGAUAACAACGGUGGAGAUGGCAGUUUGAAACUGGCGUAUCAAUCUGGACACAACCAUAACGAUUCAGACGCGCGCAACGUUUCCUUUACCUACACGCUGUGGCUCGGCACUAACGUUACUGAGAACUACACUCUUUAUAUGGUGGCACCUAGGAAUAUAUCGUUCUACCACGUGAUGCAAAUGGCUGCUGAACAGGACCCUAAGUUUAAAUUCGAGGCGAGCGAGUGGCCCAACGGUCAUUAUGUGCACACCCUGGCUGGGCACAAGGAGGAGCCGAUGGGCUACCAUUACUGGUUGCUGUACCGCCUGCCUGAGGUGCCUGACCCUGCCAGUCCCCCUGGCAACCAGCUUGUAGCACCAGUGGGUGUCGACGAUCUUCUGGUAGAAGACGGUGAACAUUAUCUCUUCUGGUACAAGAAGUUGUAAUUUAUAAAAAUAGAAUAAGCAAUUUUUAAAUUCAAAAUACUUCUUUUCCACGUAUCUCAAGUCAAGUAAAUAGUUAUUUAUUU